UGGAUUACAUAUUCAAAAUAAUUUCAAAAAUAUGAUGGAUUUAAUAGGCUUUCUAAUUCUUUGUUUAUGCAUAACAUGUUGCAAAAUCGAUGCUAGAAACAAUAUUCAGAAAAUUCAGCAUCAUAAUCAAAUGGAGGAUGAUUUUGAUUGUGUUGAUAUCUACAAGCAACCCUCUCUACAACAUCCUUUAUUAAAAAAUCACAAAAUUCAGGAUCGAACUACGGGUCAUUGGUGGUUAAUUAUUCAAAAUGAACCAAUAUAUACUGGAUAUUGGCCAAAAGAAUUAUUCACUCACUUAAGGAAAGGAGCAUCUUUAAUAAGAUUUGGAGGCCAAACCUAUGCCCCGCCUAAUAAGGAUAGUCCUCCAAUGGGUAGUGGGAGAUUGCCUAAAGAAAAAUUCAGAAACUCGGGUUUCAUGGGAUUACUAAAGAUUAUUGAUUCAGAAUAUAAUGAAAAUAACAUAAAACCCGAAGAUAUGAAGCGGUAUAGUAAUACUAAGAUAGAAUGCUAUGACAUGUUGUAUCGUGGUUACGAAGGAUCUGUGUAUAAGCAAGCUUUUCUUUAUGGUGGACCUGGCGGACGAAGUUGUGAUAUAUGAUGGCAUUGUCAACUGUAUUAAUAAAAUUGUGAUUUGUAAUAUGAAUAAAGAUCAAUUUUCUUAACUACUAAAUGAUAUUGAACAAUUUAUUGUGUA